AUGUUCGGUGUGUUCAACUCCACGUACAUGAACGUGAAUUUGGCGAUCACAAUGACGUGCAUGGUGAAUUCGACGGCCGUCUCGAUGGAAAAAGAUGAGAUCACUGGACCUCGGCAGAACAUUUCUAUGUGGACUGAUGAUGUCGAUUCGUUGACUGACACCUGUUCAUCGAACGAAAAUGGUCGCAAAGUGCUCGACUACGGAGGGAUCGUUGGUAUGGAACCAUCGCGUGCAAAACCUGCUAUUCUCGGCUUCGUUUUGGGGUGCCAUCGCCACCGUUGUGCCCUCGAUUUUCCUGGUUCAACGGAUGAACAAGAAACUCGUCUUUAUUCCUUUAUCUAUCCUUGCAUCAACACAAUCGUCACCAACUGGUUUCCGAUAGAUGAACGGAGCACCGCAGUCGCGCUUUUCACUACAGGAAAUCAGGUCGCUCUAUUUCUUGGGAACCCUCUUGCAGCUACACUGUGUGACUCUACCUAUGGAUGGCCAGCUGUUUACUACAUUUCCGCUGCAAUGGGUGCCACUUGGUGUGUGCUGUGGAUGCUGUUCAGUUCAACUUCUCCAGAUGAGUGCCGUGUGAUGAACAUGGACGAGAGGAAAUUUCUUAAAAAGUCCGCAGGUGUAUCGAAGGAAGCUGGGCAAGCGAAUGGAAUGUAUUCAUCGCUGCCAAUGAUGUUCAACUUCGUCUUCAAACUCUCAUGGGGAGUUCUUGUCGAUAGGCUGAAGAGAAGGAGAAUCCUCACACCAACCCAGGGAGUGAAAAUCUCGCAUGGAGCUUACACAUCGCUACUCUCGCUAGCUCCACGUUUCACUCCAACAUUGUCAUCAAUCAGUGUGAGCAUUUCGAUGUUGGCUCAGCUCACUACGCCCUUCACUGUUGCAGCCGUCAUAUCAACGGGUACAGCGCAGGAAUGGAACAAUCUCUUUCUGCUCACUUCGCUACUCUGUAUCGUCUCAGGCACUGUAUUUUCCGUUUUCGGAUCA